GGACCCGGUGCUGAGCCUCGGUCCGUUCCGGUGGAUGUCGGUCCGGGGCGCGGAGAUGGCGAGUUCUGGCUCCACGGCGGCCGCGGCGGGUCCUGGUCCGGGCCCCGGCCCCGAGAGGGACUCCCCCAGCCCGGGAGCGAGCGGGGGCGGCACCGGGGGCGAGAACAGGAGCCGCUGCACCGGGGAGGCCGGGGGGCAGGACAGCACGUUCGAGUGUAACAUCUGCCUGGACACGGCCAAGGACGCCGUCAUCAGCCUGUGCGGCCAUCUCUUCUGUUGGCCCUGUUUACAUCAGUGGUUAGAGACAAGACCCAACAGACAAGUUUGCCCUGUUUGCAAAGCUGGGAUUAGUCGAGACAAGGUUAUUCCACUUUACGGAAGAGGCAGCACCAGCCAGCAAGAUCCCAGAGAAAAAACUCCACCAAGACCCCAGGGACAAAGACCAGAACCGGAAAGCAGAGGGGGCUUUCAAGGUUUUGGAUUUGGAGAUGGAGGAUUCCAGAUGUCAUUUGGUAUUGGAGCAUUUCCAUUUGGAAUUUUUGCUACAGCUUUCAACAUUAAUGAUGGCCGACCACCUCCAGCAGCACCAGGAACACCCCAGUACAUGGAUGAACAGUUCCUGUCUCGGCUCUUCCUAUUUGUGGCCCUUGUGAUCAUGUUCUGGCUGCUCAUUGCAUAAGGACUAUUGAUAGAAUGCCAUUGACUGUGAUGGGUAGUGUUGGAGUAGCAGGUGGCUGAUGAACUUUGCUAGUGAAAGUGGAACUCUUCCAGUUUAUCCACGUUUUUUCUAUCUUGUGUAGACUUUACUUGCAAAAUUUUAUUGAGCAACUGUAUAAAUAUCAUUAAUCUGUCUUUCUCAACAUUUAUCUGUGAAAGCAAUAUAUACAGGCACCUUGCAAACACAACUGAAAUAACAUUUCCUCUUUUUCAACAAUAAUUCAGGAUCGAUGGCUUCUUUUUUUUCUGAUUGGAAAUUAUUGAUCUGUAUGUGAAUAGAGAGAAAUUCAGAGCAUUACCAAAUGAUUAAGUGUGGCUCGUCACUAAGCAGGAGAGUCCUUUGUAUUUUGUUUCUUCUGGGAUGGGGGGGGAGGGGAGCAAUCACUCAAUUGAACCACCAUGUGGUGAAGGGAGGGUGAUAGAGUCCAAUUUUAACAAUACUGUGUUUUGUAAAAAUAGCUGCAUUAUCAAUUCUGAUUAAAAAGGUAAAUCAAGAA